AUGAACAAAAAUGGUUUCACGAAAACAGAAGAUGAAUUCAUACUCGAAGAAGUUCGCAAAAAUCCUCACAAGAGAUCUACUCAUAAACUAUUUCACGAAAUUGCGAUAAAAUUGGGCAGACAUACUGGUAAUUCAGUGCGAUACAGAUUUCGAAGCUGCUUGUCAAAUAAAUUGAACUAUGUUUAUAAAACCAACAAAGAUGGCGAUUUAUAUUUUGAUGAAAAUAAUCAACUAAUUAAAACGAAAAUUAUGCCCGGAACUUUGAAAACAAGAUUUACAGCAGAAGAUGACUAUAUUUUAUGUAAACAAGUUUAUAAAAAAAUGUUGGAACAUUCAAUAAAUUUAACUGAUUUGAAAAACUCCACUGUUCGUUUCUGUAAAUUUAUCUUGCCGAAUAAAUUCUUUGAACUACUACAAAAUGAUUAUCCUCAUCAUACAAAAUGUGCGUGGAGAGAUAGAUACAGAAAGUUUGCAAUGGAAUUUGGAAUUAAAAAUUAUAUCAAUUAUUAUGAACAACAAAUUCAAAACAAAUUAGUUCCUGAACCUAUGAAGGAUUAUACAGGUAAGGCUCAUCGA